ACCAAAAUAAAAUCUUGUGCGUAGUAUGAGCACUCUUAAAGUGUUAAGUGAUGCAGUAUUUGAUAAGAAUGAGAAGCUAGAGAUAGAAAAGGAAAACUCCUUUACUUAAUGUGAACCUCAUUAUAUGGCAGAGAAUGAAUAAGAGGAAGAAUUAUAGGAGGGGAUUCAAUUGCCUGUUUAUUCACCUUAGUAGUUUUCACAUUUCAAAAGACCAAAGAUUAGUUUUGAUGAAUUCAAUCUCGAUGAAGAUCCCAAAAAAAAACUGAGCAAACAGACGUAUAACCAAUGGGAGAUUUGGAAAGAUUGGCUGACAUGCUCUAACAAUUUGCCUGCUCCCUCUAACGUCGAUAAUCAUUUCGGCGAAUUGGCUUUGCGAUUCGCACCUUCCCAAAGAUAGGAUGAGUUUGUAUCAAACUAUGUGAAGGGAGAUGAUUUGUUGAGAAUCAAGGUAGGAUUGUGUGAUGAUAUCCUUAAUGAUGAAGAAACAUUAAAGUUCGAAGAUUGGGUUGAACAAUUAUGCACUUCAACCAAUCAUGAGUCACUCAAGGAAAUGGCAAGAAAAUAAAAGGUCAAGCGAUAUUUGGAUAAGAAGCAUAAUCGAACUUACGAAAAGAAAGUUCAUUAUCAUAUCAGAUAAAAGGUUGCUGAAGAGAGAUUAAGAGUCAAGGGUAGAUUUGUAACAUGGGGACAAGCAUUAAAGAUGUUGGAUGAGAAGGACACCAAGAAAUCAUGGAGUUACAAUGACUAUACUAAAAUCAAGGGUUUACUGAACGAAAAGUUUGGAGCUGUGAAAAGUGAAAAGUCAUUGAGAUUCUGAUUGUUUACAACACUUGCGUAUAUUAAUAUAUUAUAUCGUUAAAUUCAUUUAUAAUAAAA